ACCGGGGAAAAGAGGAUCAGUGAAGUGUGCAGACUUUAAGGAUACCAACCUCUUCCUCAUAUAUUCAAGCAGUCAUGGUAUUCCUCCUCGUAUUCUUAACUGGGCUGCAUCUGGUUACCUUGGCCAUGCUCUUCAUCGCCACACUGGAGAAGUCCUGGUGGAUAUGGGCUGAUACAGAAAUCACAGAUCUCUGGUAUAACUGUUUCCAUGAUAAUGCCACAAAAGUGUGGUUGUGUGCUGCUACUCAUGAAAGUGACUGGCUGCAGUCUGUCCAGGCCCUCAUGGUCCUCUCUAUAGUCUUCUCUUCAGUCUCCUUCUUGGUUUUUCUGGGUCAGCUUUUCACAAUGUCCAGAGGAGCCCUCUUCUACUUCACAGGCCUCUGUCAGGCCUUUGCAGGUUUCGCAGACUUUGCUGCUUGCCUUAUCUUCACCUUCCAAAGAAAGGAGAUUUUAAAUGACUUCAGAGAUCUGAGCAAAGGACGUUUCGGCUACUGCUUUAUCCUGGCAUGGAUCUGUGUCCCUCUCCUUCUCAUAAGUGGAAUCCUGUAUGUUCACUUGCGCAAGAAGCAGUGAGCCAAAAAAUAAUAAGAUAAAAACCAAACCUUGGCGCAGAGUAGUGCUCUUACCACUUCCACUUAAUAGUGAGCCUGCUUAAGGAAAUGAUGAUUGAGAAAUAAAUACCUCUAAAUGAUACUAUUCACUCAUUAUUUGAUCCUGGUGACAUUUCUGCUUGUCAGCCACCUUGUUGUAAACACUGUAACUCAAAACCAGAUCAAGAAAACUGAAACUCACUGCA